AUGGGUGCGCUGGACAAGAUGAAGCGCUUAGUUGGAUUAAAUGGGCGGGACGCUAACCCGAUUGGGGAUGGCGUGGACGCCCACAUCGAACACCUUCAGGACACCCACAUCACUCCCGACAAUAACAACGACGCAAUCAUAGACCAUCCUGCCCAACUUUUUGAUUGCGCCGCCAUCAUCGAGGGCGCCACUCCUUCCUCCGCUUCCAAGGCACCUUUUACGCGUGGGCACCGCCGUCGUUCCACCCACGUUAGCCGCCGUGACCUUGAGAAGUUCCAGAAGGAGGUCCUAGGCGUCGAAAAUCCCGCCUCCUUCUACGACGAGGAAAACGGCACCUCACAUCCAAUCAAUCCUUACGAUCCUCAACUUGAAGACCUAAACCGAGCCUUUGCGGAAGCCGAUAUGUCAAUGAACAGCGGUACAGGAAUGUCCGGCAAUCCGGGGCCUGGCAUGUUCUCCGGUUAUGCGGAGAGCACUCCUGGCACCCCCAACAUGGGCAAUGUUUCUCGUCCGUCGAUGUCGCCUGCGCUCUCACACCCAGUCAACCAAGUGAACGGAGGAGGAAUGCCCGUGAUGAAUGGAAAUGGACCCAUGAAUGCGGGUCAUCAGAUGGACCUCCACCAUUUGUAUGACAUGGUGCUGGAACUAAGUGAUGUGCUCAAGAACAAUCGCGAGGUCACCAAAAACAUCGUCGCGAGUGCUGAGGAAGUCAUGAAACAUGGUUCUUCUGAGGGUGCAAGUGCUGCUAUGCAGCAAGUCAAUGGUGAAAUUACAGCCUCCCGCAUCUCCGAACUCGAACGAGCCCUUGCCAAAGAAAAACGACUAGUGGAGGAUUACAAACGGGAGCAACUGGAAAACACCAAACUGAUUGGGGAAUAUGAGACUGCUGUGGGCACGAUGGUAGAGCAGAUCCGCAACUACUGCCAGAACAACAAUAUGCACUUCUUGUACCAGAAGAGCCACUACAACAAUCUUCUGCAGGCCGAACGCGAUGCCCAUCUGGAGAGCCGACUGGACCGUGACUAUUGGCACAACCAAACCAUGCGAUGCGCAGAGAUGAUUCGGACUGCCUACCGGCUGCGAUCGGAGGAGGAAGAGUUACCUAUCCGUAUCGUCGCCGGUCUUCAAAAUGAAGUUCGCGCAUACCGCAAUGCACUUGGAAUGGAGCCCGAGAAGCCCGAGGAGGAGUACGGGUGGGAGAUCCUCAAGGACACGGAACCAUCCAAUACGGAAUAA